AUGGCCUCAGAUUCCAAACUCCGUAAGUAUUUGACAGUUUAUGUACAUUAUAAUGGUUUAUUCGCACCAAAACCAUUAGUGUACUUGAACUCUGUUGUUGUUUCAAUCGCUGAUGUUGAUUUUGGUGCAAUGGAUCUCAAAGAUUUUAAGUUGUUCAUUGAAAAGUUGAUUGAAGGCAGUUGCGAUAAUGUAUAUUAUUGCACUAGAAAUGAACCAUUGGCAGAGGGUAUUAGGAGAAUUGGGAAUGAUGCUGACUACUAUGAGUUUAUUGAAACGGGUUAUAGUGAUGAAGUUGGUCUAAUAAUGAAUGUGUAUAUAGACUACAAAAAUGAACCUGUACUUGAUUGGGCUGAUAUGGAAGUAGUAGAAGAUGAUGAAGGGCAUUAUUCUGAUCCAAACGUGGAUAAUGAUAAAGAGUCACAACUUUCUGAUGAUAUUCCAUAUGAGCAUGAAGCAGAUGGUUACAUUCCUUCUCUUGACAAAACUAUUGGUGAUGAAUUCUUACACCGGGUGUCAGGUAUUUCUAAGGAUAAAAAUGAUGAGCUUGAAACUGAUGAGGUUGAAACCAACAAUGGGGAUGACAAACCAGUGUACCCUGUCCAUAAUGAGAACCAGAAAUGGGACAAAAUGGUGCCAAUUCAACGUAUUUCUAAGGAUAAAAAUGAUAAGCUUGAAACUGAUGAGGUUGAAACCAACAAUGGGGAUGACAAACCAAUGUACCCUGUCCAUAAUGAGAACCAGAAAUGGUACAAAAUGGUGCCAAUUCAAGCUUAUGAACACCUCAUGGAAAUGGACCCUAAAAGUUGGUGCAGGGCAUUCUUUGAAGUGGACAGGGCUUGUGAUGCUUAUGAGAAUGACAUAUCAGAAAGUUUCAACUUAGUUAUUGAUCUUGCUAGGAAGAGACCACUCCUUACCAUGUUGGAAGAGAUUCGAAUUUAUGGAAUGGAGAGGAUGUAUAGAAUGCUGCUAGAGGGACAAAGUUGGGGUAAUUUAAAAAUAUGCCCAUAUAUAAGAUUAAAGAUAUCAAAGUUAAAGAAACAGCAAAGGAUUGGAAAUGACGGAUAUGUUGUGGACCUUAACAACAACACAUGUGGAUGUAGAUCUUGGCAAGUAUCAGGUAUCCCAUGUGUGCAUGCAGUGGCAGCCAUUUCAUACCUCAACAGGAAUGCAAAGGAUUAUGUUGCACCAUGGUUCCAUACAGCCAUGUUCUUGACUUGUUGCAAACAUACCAUUAACCCACUUAAUGGUAGUUCCAUGUGGCCUGAAGCUCCUUACAUGAAACCAUUGCCUCCUCAAAAAGAAGGUUCAGUUAAUAGAUGCACUAUUUGUAGAGAAAGGGUCCAUAAUAGAUCAGCAUGUCCUACUAGACCAGCAGAUGUAGCAUCCACUUUAAGGCCAAAAAACAAGAAACCUAAAAAAUGUAAAAAAGAGAAAGGUAAAGUGGAACCAGUUCAAGUGGAUCCAGUUCAAGCAGAUCCAGUUCAAGUACCAGCUCCACAUGUUGAACCAGUUCAAGCAGAUCCAAUGGAUCCAAUUCAAGUACCAGCUCCAAAUGUUGAACCAAUUCAAGCAGAUCCAGUGGAUCCAGUUCAAGUACCACAUGUUGAACCAGUUGAUGAUCCAGCUCCACAUGUUGAACCGGUUCAAGUAGAUGAUCCACAUCCAAAUGUUGAUGUCCCUGCUCAACCAGUUGCAACUAGGCAGAGGAUACGAAAAUACUCAGAAAGAAUUACCAAGAUAGGGUUGAGGAGGAAGGUUUUGAAGAAAGAAGGAAGCACUACACACAACCCAAUGGUGUUGGAAUGA